UCGCGAGCCCAGGCCCCAUUUCAGGUUUAUCUCUGUUGUUUCCUCUCCGUGUCUCCAUCCCUCAUAGCGACAUGGGGUUUAUCUGUGGGGGCGGGGUCAAAGAGGCUCAGUCUGAAGGAUUAUCAUUGUAGUCUCCACACACACACACACACACACACACAUGCAAGUGCCCACACACGCAUGUGCACAGACAGUUUAGGUUGAAUUGGACGACUGCUGAGUUAAUCAACCCCACCCCCACCUUUUAUAUAAACACAACCCUGAGCAAAAGGGCUUUAAAGCGCUGUCAUAAACAUCAGUGCGUCCCAGAGGGUAUCAGGCGACCACCCUGGAACCAAUGUAAUAUUGCCUGGAUCCUGUAAGAGGAGGCUGCUCUGUGAGUGUUACAGUGUGUGUGUGACAUAAGUGGAGCAAAGGAGAUGAGAUCUUAGUGGACACCAGCCAGUGGAUCAGAAUCAGAUGGAGGGAGAGCCGAACUAUCAGACCAAAGCCAGAGAAGGAAAGAAGAGCGAGAGAUUGUGCUCGCAGGAGGAGAGGAAGAGGAGGAAGACGUCCGGUGUAAUGGCAGAGGGCCCAGUCGCCCCACAGAGGCCCCCUGCCUUCUCAUCGCUGUCCAGUGUCUCCCACGAUGACCGCAGCUCAGCCAGUGGCCUGGAUGUGGUGGAUCGGCUCACCUAUCUGGAGCAGAGGAUGCAGAUGCAGGAAGAUGAAAUCCAGCUGUUGAAGAUGGCCCUGGCCGAUGUCCUCAAGAGGCUCAACAUCUCUGAGGAGCACCAAGCAGCUGCUGCCUCUGCUGGUGGCAGGAGAACAACAGGCGCUAAAGCCCGGCCAGUGUCCCUGGCUCUGCCGUCCAGGCCGUCUAUGGUGACCUCCAGCUCUGCCGCCCUGAAGAAGAGCACCACGCUGCCCUCCAGCUCCACAUCCAGGAACUACAGCCCCACACCGCCCCGCAGUGGAGUGUGGAGCCCAGCGGGUAGUAUGAAGGACAUUCCAUGUAAGACCACUAAACGCCCCACCUCUACAGCUUCCACCAUUAGGAAGCCUCAGGAAGGCAAGUCCAAGGAGCCGGCUGCAGUGAGUGGAGGGGCAAGCCGUGUGACACACUGCAAAGUGACUAUGCAGAUCUAUCUGAGCCCCCUCACAAGAAGGACUGGGUCUUCUGAGUUCGCCAAAUCUACCUCCACGGUGCCUGCCAACUGCGGCUUGGCUGCACCUAACAACCCUCCGGUGAAGGGCGGCAGCAAGCCGGAGGCGAAGAAGACAAGCCCGUCCUUCAUCUUAAACCUGCAGAAAACCACAACUAGCCAGAGCACAGCACAGCAUGACACUUCCAGCUACAAGAGCCCGAUCAAAUCGCCCAGCCAGUAUUUCCAGAUUUGUUACUGAGACGGGAGGGCCGAGAUAGAUUUGCCACUAUUCAUCCCUGCUUUAAAGUUUACUGAACCAAAACAAAUUAUUAAACACCCAUUUCCAAUUCAUAUCGGGGCAUUACAUGGCUGUUAUCAGUGUUAAGUUAGAAGGGGCCUGCUCCACAUACAAGUAGGUUCAGAACACCUUAUAUUUACAUGCUAAUACAAGAAAUGAGUGAACUCUAGUGGCCGCAAUAAUUAUGAGGGUAGCAAAGGCGCAAGUCAGGUGACAUGAGGACUGGUCAUCUCUGAGACCGGUGUCUGUGAUCUCUGUGAAACCAUAAGUCAUGAUGAGUUAUUUUAAGAGACGUAGACUAUGUGAGAAAUGUGAGGUUACAUUCGUAAUUUACCCAACACAAUUUGUAAGGUAACAAAUAACAAACUGAAAGGCAUACUUGAUUGAUACCCUGAUCUUUACCUUUUUCAACUUACCAAGUAGUUUUUGCACCUAAACCGAACAAAAUAGCAAUCAUUUCAUAACGCUGCUCCUUAUGAACCAUUAGACUUAUUGUAAAAAACGAACCCUAACAACCAUUUAAUGGCCUGAGAACGUUCGAAACGGGUUUUAUUACAAGCCUCAUUAAACCACUUGAACAUAAACGGUGAUAAAGACUCUCUUACGAUGUUGAAAGAACAAGAAAUUGAUUUUGAAAUGAUUGCACCUCUGACAGGAUUUUCCUCUGUUGUGCAUCUGACUGCUUUCAGGUCCUGCAACAUCAGUUCUUACAGCUUUUCGGAACAUUUCAGCUAACACGUUUGUCAAUGCAGUGUUUAAUGGCAUGAUUAAAUAUUUCAAAGAUAGUACAGCGUGACAGCUUUAGCGCUUUUUUUAGCCUCCUCCGAGAUCACAGUAGUCUUUAAUCCUCCGCACACAUACCUGCGUAUGCUUUACCGAACGCUUGUACGGUUAACGUUCUCCCUCUCAGGAUGUGUGUCUUUAGUCGUCAUUGAGCGCGUUGUGUUUGAUGUCAAUGAGUGUGUGUCACUGAGUUUUUCUCAUUCCUGUGUGCUGUAAUGUUUUUUGUUUUGUAGUCAGUGUUCCACUUUAAGCAAUAAAUAUAGUGUACCAGAAUCAGUCAAAACUGUCUCAUUGUAGUUCAGGACAAA